AUGAAAAGCGCAGAAUAUAUAAAAGCUAAUAAUGACUGGUUAGAUGCCCAAGCCAACGCUAAAGCAGCCCAACUUAUAGGGUCAAUAAGGACAAAAAUACAAGCGGAUGAAGACAGUUCAAAUGAAGCUUUAAUGAAUGCUGACUUUAAGAACGCCUUCGAAGCUCUUCAUAGUAAGGUGAAACUAGUGAACGACUUCUCAUCUGGAAAGAAACUGAAGUCUGAAGGUUUCGACAAAGAGUUAAGAGAAGUAGCACAAAAUAUGACGAAAAUAACAGAUGCAGCAACGAGACAGGCAGUUCAAAGUGCCUAUGACGCCGUUAGAGCAACUGUUGUGGAAAGUCAAGAAAAAGAGUUACAACAGACCAAAACAGACCUAGUAAAUGCUUUCUUAAAAACGAAAAGUCAGGUAGGACAUUAUGCUGCAGAUGGAACAUAUGUGCCAGCUGGUGGAACUUAUAUACCAGCUGGUGGAACUUAUAUACUAGCUAGUGGAACUUAUAUACCACCAAACCCUCCAAGAGAAGCACCUGCACCAGGACUACCUAAAACAUUUACAUCGUCACAUGGACACAGACACAGGCAUGCACCAAAACCAACAGUUCAAAAUCCAGCACAGCAACCAACAGUUCAAAAUCCAGCACCACAACCAACAGUUCAAAACACUGCACAGCAACCAACAGUUCAAAACCCUGCACAGCAACCAACAGUUCAAAACACUGCACCACAACCAACAGUUCAAAACACUGCACCACAACCAACAGUUCAAAACACUGCACAGCAACAACCACAAACAGAGCAAGGACAUAAAAGAAGUAGAGAACAAGGAAACCAAGA